AUGCCGAUUAUUAAUGCAGGAGAUAAAGAGUUUCAUCUAUCUCAUGAGGAAGAAGAUAAAUUGAACCAAUUUAAAGGUAUCACCGAUUUCCCAGAGGAGGAUCUUGAACUAAUAAUAAAAUUGUUACAAAAUCAUAGUUGGCAUUUAGAACCUGCUAUUAGCCGUUUCUUUGAUGAUAAUUGGAAAGAAUCAUUAUCUCAGUUAUCAUCUGCUAAUACUACUGGAUCAAGACCUAAUGUAGACGAAAUGGAAUUGCCUACAGGGAGAUCGCCAUCACCGCCAACGAGAGUCCCCACACCAGGUCCACGAUUUGAUAGAAAUGAUGGGCUAAGAGUUAGACAUUCCCUGAUGGAUCAAUGGCAGGCAAGCAGAAGUCUCGUGCCAGUAUUACCUUUAGUGAAAAGGUUACCAAUUGACUACAGAGAUAAGUUUAAAGUAGUAGGUUUAAAUCAUGGUUCAGGAACAUCAGCUCAAGUGAAUGGUGAUUGGAAUCCUGUUAUGUUAUUAUUAAUGGUGAUACCGAGAUUCCUGUGGAAAUUAGUUACCGUUUUAUUCUCCUUGAUUACGUUUGGUUUACUAGAUGAUAGUAACCAAAGUAAUGGAGAAAGAAAUAGGGUAAUGAUGCAUGUUCCAAAAUUACCCACUGAGGAAGAUGAUAAUAUCGUGUUAGAAAGAAUAUGGAACACUGAAGACAAGGAGCCGAAAAUGAUUGAUAGAGCAAACGAAUGGCUGAAGGGUCCUCAUAUUUCCUUCAAUGAUGCUCUUCAAUUAUGUGAAGAUGAAUUCAAAUUUUUAUUAGUCAUUUUAGUGGGUUCUAUGCCUAAUUCGAAAUCAUCCACUAGAGAUGAAAAUGAUGAAUUGAAGGAAUCCAUUGGCACAAUUAAUGAUCAAGAGGAUAUAGAUACCAAUUCCUUGAAACUUCUCAAUAAAUUUUUCACUCAUGAAAAAGUAUUAGAUACUUUAGAUAAACAUAAAGAUAAUAUGAUCAUAUAUUUUGGUUCUGUGACGGAAUUAGAACCAUGGCUCGUGGCAAGGAACUUAAAUAUUAAAUAUACUCCAGAAUGUCUAUUGAUCGGUAAUGUGUUGAAUGGUAACGGAUCUCUAAAUGGUACUACAAGGCUCUCCGUAUUAUCUAGAUUGAGAAUUACCUCUACAAGAAAGUUUCAAAAUUCUCUGAAAGUCACAUUAGAUAAAUUUGAGAGUGAAUUAGUGGUAAGUAGAACCGAAAAGGAAGAACUUCGAAUGGCAAGAGAAAUCAAACAACUGCAAGAAAAAGCAUACGAGGAUUCGUUACGUAAAGAUCGUAUCAAAGAAGAGAAUCGUAGGAUAGACGCUGACAAAAAAGCACUACAGGAUAGAUUAAGAUUAGAAAAAGAACAACAAAUCAAGUUAAAUGAUACUAUUAGUAAUCUGAAAUGGUUAAAACUUUGCGUUGAUGCCUUGGAUCGAGAAACUGGUGAAAAAUUAUCUACAGAUUCGACAAAUGAAUAUGCGACCUUACAAAUUAGAACUUCUAAUGGUGCUAGAAUUGUCAAGAAGUUCAAAAGCGAAACCACAUUACAUUCCGUGUACUGUAAAAUCGGUUGCUAUUUGUACUUGAAUCAAAACUCUUCAGAACCCAUUAAGUGGAGUCAGAGUAUUAUAGAUAAAGUUAAAGAAUUAGUUGAUGACUCAUCGGUAUUAUGUUUUAAGGAUAAACUAACUAUAGAUGAUGAAUUAGAUGCAAUGUAUUUGAAAGGAGUAAUUGCCGAUGAAUUGGAAAAAUGGAUGGCACUAACUGAUAACGAAUUUCCUUUAAUGUUUGAUUUCGAACUAGUUUCCCCAUUCCCUAGAUGUGAAAUUCCCCAUAGUGAGCACACUAUGAUAAAAGAAGUGUCUCAAAUAUGGCCCAACGGCAGUUUAUUAGUUGAAGAUAUUAUCGAAUCUGACUCUAAUGAAGGAGAAGAAUAUGACGAUGAUCAGUGA